UGUACACUAUUUAAGUCGACGGUAACUGGGGAGAAUGGAUGACUUGGAUGACGUGCACGGUAUCGUGCGGGGUCGGAAUCCGGCGGCGGGAGCGGUUCUGUAAUAGGCCGAGACCAAUGCACGGCGGUGAGAAUUGUGAGGGGCCAAUGUUGGACGAAGAAUCGUGUAAUGAGGAACCAUGUGCAGUUGAUGGAAACUGGGGCCUGUGGACACGGUUUGGUAUGUGUUCACGAACAUGUGGGCGUGGCGAUAUGACAAGAACUAGAGAAUGUAACAGCCCCGCCCCUGCUGGUGGUGGCAGACCUUGUCGAGGGAGGAGCGUUGAUACAAGGCGUUGUGAAAGACGGAAAUGUGCAAUUCAUGGAGGGUGGUCAAUGUGGGAAGGGUGGAGCAGUUGUCCGGUCACAUGCGGCUCCGGUGCACGUACUCGAACACGUGCGUGUAAUAGACCGAUGCCUCGCUUUGGUGGACGUCACUGUGAUGGAUCAGAAUUAGAUACAGAUAUCUGUGAUAUUGGAACACCAUGCCCAGUCGAUGGAGGUUGGUCAGAAUGGUCAGAUUUCGGAAGUUGUCGGGCCGGACCUUGUCAAUAUGGUCAUCGUAUAAAAACACGUGUUUGCGAUAAUCCUAGACCUCAAUAUAGAGGGCGCAUGUGUCGAGGUCGCAGCGUGGAACGUGUUCCGUGCAAGAAUGAGGAGGGAUGUCCAGUUGAUGGUGCUUGGUGUGAUUUUGGACUAUGGUCUCCGUGCAGCGCCACCUGUUUAGGUUAUACAUCGACACAAACACGCUCACGUGCAUGCCAUUGUCCGGCGUCUAAAAAUGGCGGCAAAACAUGCGAAGGUGAUUACUUUGAAACCAGGGACUGUUCUGGUGUUGUACCAUGCCCAGAUUCACCAACAGUAGACAUUGAUGGUUGAAAGUCAGGGUCCAGACCGUUAGACAAUUUCAACAUACGGCAGACGACAGGGAAAUGAUUCAUUAGUUUGAAGGCGAAAAUUAGCAAGGACUGUGCCUUGAUUAAGGGCAGACAUCCUGAUUUAAAAUGAUUUUUUUGGGGUAGUUGUUAUUAUUUUACAUAUUUAUUAAAGCAGCACGCUCAUGUUAAUUUUCAUGAAAAUUUUGGAAAUGUAUUUAAAAGUAAAAUAUUGUGAGAUGAACAAAUAAAGCAAUUUCCAUAUUGCAAUGGGUACUUACAAUCCAAGAAAUUUACCAAAUAGUGGUCAACAUAUGCAAAAAACAGCCCUUAGUAACGCAGUAGAAAUACGGUGAUAAAAUACUGCAAAUCAGUCUUAAACCGCAUAAUAUUAUAACAUGUAAAAAAUCACUUGGAUCUUAAAUCUAGUAACCUUUCUUAAAAAAGUUAGUACAUUUUUCUCAAUAUUUAUUUCCCUGAAAUAUUUUGGCUCAUCAGGCGUGCAGCUUUAAUUAUACAUAACCUUACGACUUUGGUCAUAUAAACGUACAACAUUUUACACUGGGUUAUAUGUCACCGAUUAUUCUAUGAAAUGAACGUUUCAAAAAUGCAGUAGUAUGUACAAGUCUACAGUAAAAUAUUGUGACUUGAUUGUUAAAUUUCCUUAACUGGUUCUGUUACAGUUGAUUUAAUAGAGAACCCGAGGUCACGUUACUUCUAUGCUUACGUCAUCACUUUUUUCAUGAUAGAACAAUAAUAAUGCAUAGUUAAUCAGCAGCCGAAAUAAGUUAGUUUGCAAAUUUGCACGAUCCGCCCGAAAUAUAAUAUUGUACAUUUAAAAGUUGGAAAAUUAUAGUCCAAACUUUAAAGCAAAAAAGCAUCCGUUGCACAAAAAAAUGAUGUGAAUUGUUAGUGUCGUCUGCAUUUACCCGCCAUUUUAUGAUAAAUCUUCGCAAUUAUUGUUUCUUAUUAUCAUAUACGAUUUUGUAAAUUUUAAAAUACAAAAUGUAUAUUUUUAUUUUUAACAUUAAUUUUUGCCUCAUUUUAGAGGGAAAAACGUGUAAAUUGUAAAAUCUUUGUGCAUUGUAAAUGUUCUUUAUAAUUUGGCAAUGUAGCUUAGGCCAGUAUAUAUGUAGCUGUUUUUUUUUUUCGUUAUGUGUUUUGCUUUUUAUUAUCUUAAAAUAUCAACGUUUGGUAUUUUAUUUGUAAAAUGUUGGUUUUUUUAACCUUUCUUGAAUUUCAUGCGUAAAAAUGCUGUACUAGUAUUUUUCAUUUUAUUCUAUUCUUGUUUUUUCAUGUGUACUAAAAUAACAUUGAAUGUAUAUACCUUUUUAGAUGUUUUUUUUUCUCAUAUGUCUAUUCAUCGAUUUAUGAUUAAUUUUUAAUCAAUUGCUUUUAUUCACAUUGUUAAAUAUCGUACUAUUGAUAAUAAAAUACAUAGAAUA